AUGUCGGAGAAGAAGGAGAGGGAAGGCGGUGGUGGAUCGCCUUCCACGGCGGCAUCGGCGGCGGAGAUAGGGGAGCCGCGCUAUAAGGGAGUGCGGCAGCGGAAAUGGGGGCGGUGGGUGACGGAGAUCCGCCUGCCCAACAGCCGCGAGCGGAUCUGGCUCGGAUCCUACGACUCCGCGGAGAAGGCUGCCCGCGCCUUCGACGCCGCCUCCGCCUGCCUCCGCGGCAGCCGCGCCCGCCUCAACUUCCCCCAAUCCCCCCCGCCCCGCAUCGCCGCCGUCCGGCCCCUCAGCUUCCAGCAAAUCCAGGCCGCCGCCGCCCUCCACGCCGCCAGCACCCCGCCUUCCCCGAUCCUCCCCCCGCGUAUCUCCAUUUCUCCGGCUUCAGACUCUCCGUCGGGGGAUUCCUCGGCGGGGAGAUCAGAGGAAGCGCUGGACUGGUCGUUCAUGGAUUCGUCAAGGGAAGCUCCGCCCGACGUGGAAUGCGUCGACUUCCCCAUCGCCAUGGACGACGACUUCAUGUACGGCUUCGUCUCGGAGGAGCCGGAGUCGCCUCCCGCCGAUCACGGCGGCGUGGAUUCGUCUCUGUGGAGCUUCUGA